AUGUCAGACCACAUUGACGUUCUUCUUUACGGCCUUGGGGCCAUUGGCUCCUUCUACGCUUUUAUCCUGAGUCGCUCCGAGCGCGUGCGCUUGACUGUCGUCGCCAGGUCGAACUACGAUGCGGUGGUCAAGAAUGUCCGUUCACUGUGUCCGAUUAAUUACACAGGGAACAUAUCCGCUGAUUUAGAAAUCAGGGAAUUACUAUCAACAGCGAGAACCAUGGCACUCACGUCCUCCGUCCCUACCGAGGUAUACUACGCCGAGUUCCUAGUUUUUGAGGCACCUGAAGCUGAGUACACAUCCACAGUGAUCAAGACACCCGCCGAGGCGUCCGCGAUGGAUUAUGUUGUCUGCGCGCAUAAGGCGAUCGAUCAAGAGGACGUGGCGACAAAAUUGCAGCCAGUGGUGGACCAAAAGCGGACAACGAUUGUGAUUAUUCAAAAUGGAGUAGGAAAUGAAGAGGCCUUCCGCAAGACGUUCCCUGAGUCCUCGAUUCUGACCUGCGUGACAUGGGUUGGAGCGACUCAAAUCAGCCCCGGAGUCGUAAAGCACACCAAAUCAGAGGAUAUGCAGAUUGGCCUAUUCCCCAAUCCCGAGGUGGCCCCGUCUAAAGAGCAGCAGCGUCUUGACACAUUCGCGGGACUCCUGGAACAUGGUCAGACGAGAUUCCAAGUCCUGGACGAUAUGCAGCGACAGCGAUGGGAGAAGGUCGUAUGGAAUGUUGCCUGGAACUCAAUUACAACUAUCACGAUGCUGGAUACUCAAACAUGGCUGCAUUCGUCGAUCGAGGCUGAGCCGAUAACACGCAAAGUAAUGCGGCAAGUUAUCAAUGUUGCUCGUGCGAGUGGGGUGCCUCUAGAAGACAGUCUCGUUGAUCAGCUGAUGGAUAAGAUCAAUUCAAUGCCCGGGAUUGGCAGCAGUAUGCAGACUGAUUGCAAAAAUGGACGGCCUAUGGAGGUUGACGUGAUUUUGGGCUUUCCCAUGCGGAAAGCGAGAGAGUUCGGGGUUCCGGCAGACUCGCUCGAGAUGCUCUAUGCUCUAGUCCUAGCGCAGGAUCAUAAAAUCCGAGCAUCUCUAUGA